AUGGUCUUGGAUGACUCGAACCUGAUUCUGGUCACGUCCGGCGAGGACGUGCUGGUGAAGUGCUGGGACCUUCGCAGCAUUUGGAGGGUGGACAACACCCUGGACAUGGAGCCCUUCAAUGUGCUUCGCGGCCACUCCGCCGCGGUGCUCGCGUUGACCUACCGGCCCCAGGACCGCAUGCUCUUCAGCGCGGGGCUGGACUCUGUGGUCCGUGCCUGGAGUUUGCUCUAUGGCGCCUGCGACAGCCUGGAGCUGCCAUGCCGCGAGGCGGUUUGGGCCUUGGAGCACCAUCCCCACCUGUCCUACUUGGCGACUGCGUCCGCUGAUGGCCUUCUUGGCCUUUGGAACACGGAGGCCGAGCACUCCGAGCAGGGAGAGGCCAGACGCCAGGCCGUCUUCAAGCUGAACGUGCCGGGAGGCCUGGACGUGCCGAGCUGCGCAUGCUGGGUGCCCAGCCAUAGCGCGCGGCUCCUGGCUGGCUAUACCUCCUCGAGGAUCGCCGUCUUCGACGCGCACCAUGGCACGCAGGUGUUGGACAUGCCAGGUGACGCUUCUGGAAGUUCAGCCACUUCUGCUUGCGGGCAUCAGCUCACCCAGCUGAUGGCGACCGGCCACGUGGACGGCCAAGUUCGCUUGCUGGACCUGGCUUCCGGCAGGUGCGUUGGCAAUUUGGCGCACCCCGAGAUGGUCACGUCCCUGGGCUUCGACCCAAUCAACGCCCACAGUUUGGUCACCGGCUGCCACGACGGCGCCAUGCGGACUUUCGACCUCCGCAUGGGCCGCACCAUGCGCUUGGCGCUGCACCAGCUGCGCAAUCGGGGUGUCGAAGUGGGUUGGGCGGCGCAGCAGUUGCAGGUUGAGAGGGGCACCGGUCUCAUGCGCACCGUCACCCUAUGGCAGGACAAGGCCAGUAUUGCCUUCAAGCCAGACGGGACGCAGAUCAUCGUGGCAGCCGGCAACCGCGUCUUGGUGUACGACGCCACGGAUGGGGACCUCGUCCACUCGCUGAAGGGCCACAAGGAGAGCGUUUUCUGCGUGGCCUACUCCAGGCAUGGGAAGAAGUUUGCUUCGGGCGGUGCCGACAAGCAAGUCAUCAUUUGGACUCACAAGGCGGAGGGCAUCCUGAAGUACAACCACAAUGAGUCUAUUCAGUGCCUGGCCUACAAUCCUGUCACUCAGCAGCUGGCGAGCGGCACUGCCUCCGACCUGGGCCUGUGGUCCCCGGAGCAGAAGUCGGUGUCCAAGCGCAAGGCGCGGUCGGGCGGUCGCUGGAGCCGGGGAGCCACGAGUUGGGUGGUAUGA